UUUGCGUGUUUAAUAACACUUCGUUUUAUGGGUUUUUACAUUUUUUUUGUUACAAAAAAUUAAUUUUUAAUAAUAAAAAUUAAAUCAAGUGUUUCUUGAAAAAAUCGCGUUUUUUAACCAAAAAUUAUCAACUUUAAUCGUAUCCACUUAAACAAAUUAAUUAUGUGUGAAAAUAUUGUUUAAAAAAAAGAAAACUUCAGCACAGCUUUAAAUGUAAAUGCAACGCGUCAAACCAAACAAGUGCAGUUACAAGCGUAAAAAAAUCAUAUUUUUUUAAUCAAAUUACAAGACUAUAUUUCCCCAAUUAGCAGUUAAGUAAUUACUUCAACAAGACAAACAAAAAAAGUUAUAAAAUAAAUAAAUUAACAAACUAAAAAAAACGUUAAUAAUUCAAUGCAUCAUCACACGCGCCACAAAAAACUAAAAUGUCUUUAUACCUCAACGUCAACAAAUGCCACAACUAAAGCGGCUGCUGCAGCUGCCGCAGCACCGCUCUCAUUUCGCACUCGUCUACAAAUGCACCUAAUGACAAUUAUCUACUGGUGGUAAUUGAAGUAUUUACCUGUUGUUUGCUUUUUUUCAAUCAUUUGAAAAAAUUACAUACCGAACUGUAAGCAAACUUACAAGACGACGACAACUUAUCUAGAAAAUAAAACCGAAAUGUAACCUCCGUAAACCUCGAACAACGACCACAGCAAACCCCACACAACACCGAAAUACAUAUAAAGAAUUGAAGAGCAAAAAAGUGGAACUGCUGCAGUAUUGCAAGAUUUGUUGCACUUGUUUUCUAAACAUUUAGUUUAUUUCUUUGUUUGUAUGUAUUACGAGCAUAAACCGCUUAAAAUAAGUAACAGCGACCUCUAUAGGUUUUUUCUACUUCUACUUACAUUUACAAUUAUCAACAGAACAUUAACAGAAAGCAAAAAAAAAGGCAGAAAAAAAGAUUUGAAAUUCUUUUGUAUUUGAAAAUCUAUUCGAAACCAUAAACAUUUUGAGGUUUCAUGCUUUUCUUCUUCUUGCAAUACUAUCACACACACUUUAUGUUGCCCACAAAAAGAGCGUUGACACAAACCCAACUAAAGAAGUGCAAAACAUAAACUAGAAUCGUAAAUGUGCCCUGUGUGUGAAACGUAUUAACCCCAUACCGGACAUGGGACUUAAUGGUUAAAUGGGUUUUAGUUGCAAGUAUCAAAAUACCUAUAACGGUUCUCAACUCUAAAUACUUUGAUGUUGUUGCAGUUGUUCAUCAUAAGCAUCAAGUAUAGUGUGUGAAAGAAAAGUUUUGUUUUCCUUUCUACAACUUCCUCUCCAGUUUAACACCAUUACCUCUUUCUUAUUUACUUACUGGCUAGCUACCUCUCUGUUCUAAGCUCCUUCGUUCAACAUUUUAGUCAGAGAAGUAUUGAAAAGAGAUCGAGUCUUUCGCAAACAAGAACGAGCCGCUGCACGAAGACAGAAAGAACAGGAAAGACAAAGAAACGAAGAAGUGAAAUUAAAACAUUUUUAAAAUUGUCGUUUGGACAGACAAAUUGUUUUUAAUGUCUAACUAAAUAACAGAAAAUGAAUCGUUUAAGACCGCAAAAAUUUAAGCUGAAUAUCAGCGCCGAUGAGGAAACCAGCCAUAAUAACAAUAACAACAAUAAUAGCUUAUUAAAUAAGAUCAGCAAACGUUAUUCUACGCUAAGCAAUAAAAUAACCCGACGCAGUCAUGCGGCACGUGCCAGAUCACCACAGAAAGUAAUAUCGGGUAGUUAUGAUAUGACUGGUUCAUUAUCGGAGGAUCAUCGUUUGGAAAUUGGUGCUCCGGUCCUAAUCUCCUCCACUACUUUAGAUGCUGAGCAAUUUGAUGUUAGUGAGGAGAGACUGAAGAUGAUUGGUGGUGGUGUGGCUGCUUUACGUACUGUACCCAUCAUACUCAAUGAUUCUCAGCAGCAGGUUCACUCUUCUUCGGGCAGUGAGAAUGAGGUAUUUGUGGAUGCUUUAAGUACUCCUAUGUCUGCAGAUCAGGUGGAUAAAUUUGAGUUGACCUAUGCAACGCCGCAAAAAAUGAGAACACCUCUUUGCGAAGACAAAGAAGUUUCUGAUAAUAAGGAUUUGGUAUAUGAAACACCACAGAAGUUUGUUACACCCCAAAGAGAAGAAAAGGAAACUUCCCCCGAGUCGGUUCAGUCGCAAGAUAGUGAUUUGACACCGGUUAAUCAAAUGUCAAAUUACUAUGAAUCCAUCAAAAAUUCUCGACCUACCUCUAUACUCUCCCAAAAAAAUCACUCACAGUCCGCCCACAACUUACACAAAUCGGAGCUAAAAGUUUACUUACAAAAAGCACCAUCUAUGGAUUUAAAUGGGGACCAGCAAUUAACUGCCGUGGAAAUGGAGGAAUUGGAAGAGAAUUUACCCAAAUUACCGGAGCUAUAUGGAGCCAGUAAAUGUAGCUUAGCAGCCACAGACAAUGAGAAUGAUGAUGAUGAUGACGUAGAUGAUGAUUGUGAGGCUGAUAAGGAAAACUCUUCACCCUCUAUGAUUGCUUCGAUACAAAGUAAAAGUGAACCCAAUACCCCGCUAUAUCCCGAAAAAAAUCGUAACAGUUUUUUGUCUCAACAAAAAGUCUUUCAAAGUGCUGAGAAUUUAACUCAACGUAGAACCAAGCGCAGAAGUGUCAUGUUCAGCAGUACCACUUCCAUGAAUCGUAGAGAUUCCUGCAGUAAUAUGUCUGGUACUAUGGGUUCCAAAACAAGUGUCUUGAGUCAAAUAUCCAAUUUUGAAGAUUACGAUUUAAAGUCGGUAAGCUGCCAAAGUCUUAAUCCUCAAACGCUAUUCGUUUCAAUUGAUGAACUAAAUGAGAUAACCCGCCAAAUAAAUGAAUCUGAGGAAUUCAAUCAAGAUAUAGACUUGGAGUAUUGCAAUCAUCGGGAUCAGUUAAAGCCCAGCGAAAGGCGCAUUACUUUGCUAAAGAAUAAAAAUGCCCGUUUGAUUAAUUUCAAUCAUAAUAAGGAGAAAAUCAAAAAAUCCUGGUCAGGGGUUAAACACUGGAUUGGUGAGGAGGGUUUGAAGAUAAAAGAUGUCGUUCAAAGACAACCGAUAAUGCAAAAAAUGAAUUCUUCCAAACUUAACCUAAGUAAUGCAGAAUGUAGAAAUUCUCCCUCGCUAAAUGGCAGUAUGUUGUUAAAACAUUCAAUAAGCAGCAGGGCUGCUUCACAUGAGAAAAGUUUGGAUGAAUCGGGUAGAGAUUCAAAAAUGAAUUCUUCGUGUAAUUUGUAUGAAGGUCAAGGACCCACAAGUCCUUUACCUUCGGCUAAUACAACUACUAGUUGUGACAAUAUUGCCGAUGAAAGCAAUGAAUUAAACGAUUCAUUUGAAACUGGCGAAGGUGAUUCACCUGCGGCCAAGAAAGCUAGACAAGAGGGCCAAAAUGGCUUCGAAGAAUUGCGCCGUUAUAUCAAACAGGGUGGAGAUUUUGGCAAGGAACUUAUUAUUAUAUUACAAGAAAGAAUCGAUUCUGAACUUAUGUAUUCAAAAUCGUUAUCAAAAAUGGCCAAUAAAUUAAAUAAAGCCUGUAGGGAAUUACCCGGCACCAUAGCAGAAGCCUGGCGUGGAGUGGCCACUGAAAUGGAGACACGCAGUGAUAUACAUCGUCAAUUGUCGGCCUCUUUAGCCGAGGAAAUUGUUAAGCCCUUAAAAACUAUUGUAGAAGGACAUCAUAAAACCAGAAAAUCGGUCGAGAGCAAUGUGGAUAAAGCUUCACGUGUCUUAGCCGAAUGGCGUGCCAGUGAGGCUAAAGCUAAAAAAUCUUCUCACGCUGCUGCCCGAGAAAACGAAAAACUGCAGGAUGCCAUGUUGGAUGUUAGAAUACAAAAAUCUCCCUCUAUAGCAUUGCUGCAUCAAAGCUCCAAUAAACAAGCUGCCGAAAAAGAACUUAAAUCUGCCGAAAAGGAUUGCGCCAAACUCGAUAAUAAACGCAAAAAAGCCGAAGAAACUGUUAAACGUGCCGAUGUUGAAUACUACACCUUGUGUGUUAGAGCCGAACGGGCCAGAGUCGAUUGGGAAAUGUCCGUCCUGAGGGGUUCUUCCAUUUUACAGAAUAUCGAAAAUCAACGUUUAAUUAAUAUGAAAAAUUUUGUCUCGAAUUAUUCACGUCUCACUGCCAAUAUGAAUCCCAUCUUGGAGAGUUUAGUUCAGCGUUUACAGCCCCAGGUAGAUAAUUGUAAUGUUGUUAAGGAUAUGCAAAUUGUUAAGAAUAUCAGACGUAAUGCUGAGGGUCCCAGCGAACAAUUGCUACCCGAUUUCUAUUGUGAACACACUACCUUGGCUAUGAAUCGAGAGAGGCGUAAGCAUGCUUUGGUCAAGCUAUUGCAACUGGUUAAAACGGAUUUGGAAAGGGAAAGACGUUCACGUAAUGGCCUGAAGAAUCUAUCGCAAUCGUUGAAUAGCCAGGAACAUCAGAAUAUCACAGACAAAUUGUAUCAUAUACGUUCAAUGCUUACUUAUUUGGAAGGAGCUCGUUUUAAACUUCAUUCGGCUUUAUUGGAAUUGGAUCAUAAACCAAGGUCAUCUCAUCCUCUGGCUCAACAUAUACAGAUAACCCGAGAUCGCACAGGACUUCAGCAGAGCAUACUCAAAGUACCGCUGUGGCUAAAGAACAACGAUAAAAUGAACUCCUCUGCCAGUGGCGAUGAUAGUCAUGAAUACGAUACAAUAUCACAGUCAAACACCACAACUUCGACAUCGAAUAUCAGUUGUCUGGACAACAGUAGCACUGCUAAUAAUGGCACCAGCUCAGAAGGCUUUAUCAAAACUUUCAAUCGCAGCAAAAGCAAUAUUGAAACGUUCUCUAGUAAAACCCAAAUAUGUGUUACAGCGGGCAAUGAAAAAACCAAAACCCUAAAUGCGGCCACAAAUCUAUACGAUGACAACUGUAGUGAUCGAGGCCAAGCUGAUGGUGGUUCAAAUCAACAAGACUCCGAUUUCGAUGAAUUCAGUUCACAAGAAGACGAUGACGAACAGGGUCCCCUUAACGGAGGACGUAAAGAACAUAAACAUAAUAUUGAGAAGUCUUUGGCGAAUGGCACAAAUCAUUUGUAUCAGAAUUCAGCAGAACUACAGCAAGAACAGUUAAAUAAUGAGGCCACAAAUGUAGCGACAGCAGCAGCAUCAGUGGUUGUCUUAGGUAGAUGUAAGGCUUUAUAUAAUUAUACACCGAAGUUAUACGAUGAACUCGAAUUAAAUCCUGGUGAUAUUAUAGAAGUUCAUGCCAAACAAGAUGAUGGUUGGUGGUUGGGAGCUUUAAAGAAUCAAGUGGGCAUUUUCCCUGCCACCUAUGUGGAGGAAAUAGCCUGAGAAAAUAGGAUCUAUAAUAAUAAAAUGGUUUACAAUUUUGAUUUGGGGAUUUGAAACGGGAACAUUAACCUUAAAGGGAAAUGUUUCUCUUAACUUUUUAAUCCUUUCAAUAGGUGUAAGCACUUCGAAGACUUUCGUUUGAAUAGUCUAAAAGGUUAUUGAGUUAACAUUAAUAUACUUGCUGGAAUUUUAAAAUGCAUUUCAAAAACUCUUAAUUAGCAAGUAAAAAUAAUUAACUUUGAAAACCUUAUAAAAACACUUUUAAGAACAAAUAUAUUUUUAAUAUUAAUUUAAAACAAACAAACGAAUCUAAUUCGCCUAAACAUCCAAAUCUUAUGCUAGUUUUUCAUAAGACCCCAGCUACUCCAAACCAUCCCAAAAAAAAAAACACCAAACCUCAACUAUUUCAUUC